UGGGCGCUCUCUGUCGUGUAAGCUGGCGGGCUGGAAAGUUUUGAAAAGAGAUAUUAUGCCACGUGGAUGUUCGUCUACCAUAUUUUCAUUUUGACUUUUGUUUGGUUGGUUAAAGACAACUGAGCGUAGAAGUGUUUAAAUGGUCGGGGAGCUAGCUUAAUUUUCCUUUUCUGCUACAGGAGGCUAAUGGAGAGAGUGAUGGUGUGUUGACCCUUUGCUAUUUUCUAUGGGUUUUCCGACCUCGCCUCACUGACCCAUGAAAGAAGCCAUGCCGGUCCUCACAGCAGGAGCGGGGCUACAUGAAACGCUGGCCCUGCUGACCUCUCAGCUGCGGCCUGAUGCCAAUCACAAGGAGGACAUGGUGUUCCUCAAAGAUGUCUUCAGUGAGAGGAGCCUGGGGUAUCUCAUGAAGAUUCAUGAGAAGCUGAGACAGUACGAGAGACAGAGUCCGAUCCCCGUUCUCCACAGUGCCUCGUCUGUGGCUGAGGAUGUGGCAGAGGAGCUGCAGAGCGGGCCGAUGAGCACAGAGGAGAGGGAGCUUGUCCAUCUACUGACGUCGCCACAUAUGAAGGCCAUCCUCUCUGUGCAUGACACGGUGGCUCAGAAGAACUUUGACCCGGUGCUGCCGCCGCUGCCUGACGACUUUGAGGACGAGCUGGAGGAGGAGUCGGUGAAGAUCGUCAGGCUUGUGAAGAACAAGGAGCCGCUGGGAGCCACCAUCAGACGGGAUGAAGCCACCGGGGCAGUGAUCGUGGCUCGCAUUAUGAGGGGAGGUGCAGCUGAUCGAAGCGGUCUGGUCCACGUAGGAGAUGAGCUCAGGGAGGUCAACGGCGUGUCUGUGGUGCACAAGAGGCCUGAUGAGAUCAGCCAGCUGCUGUCCCAGUCCCAGGGCUCCAUCACUCUAAAGAUAAUCCCUGCUAUUAAAGAAGAGGGGCGACUGAAGGAGAGUAAGGUGUACGUGAGAGCGUUGUUUGACUACAUCCCGUUGGAAGACAAGGCCACACCGUGCCAAGAAGCAGGACUUCCCUUCAAACGGGGAGAUAUCCUGCAGGUUGUGACCCAGGACGAUCCCACAUGGUGGCAGGCCAAGCGCGUUGGAGACAGCAACCUGCGAGCCGGACUGAUCCCCUCCAAACAGUUCCAGGAGAGGCGACUGGCCUACAGGAUGAAAACGGGCACGCUCCCGAAUCCCAAAUCCCCUAAAAAGCCUGCCUAUGACCAAGGAUGUGAUAAAGAAGACUGUGACUGUGAGGGCUAUUUCAAUGGACAGUACAUAGUCUCUCCUAAGUGUAAAGCAGUGGCGCCCUCCUGUGGCCAGGUGUUUUCCUGGGAAUUUUAUUCAGCUGGUUUGAGGAGGAGUUUUCGUCUGAGUCGUAAGGACAGACAAGGAUCGUCAGGGGAAGGCUCUGACCCUGGAGACCCUGACUUUCAGACCUAUGAGGAGGUGACACGUUAUCAGCAGCGGCCCAGCGAGAGGCCUCGCCUGGUGAUCCUGAUCGGUUCUCUCGGAGCACGGAUCAAUGAACUGAAACAGCGGGUGAUUGCUGAAAACCCACAUCGUUACGCUGUAGCUGUACCGCACACCACCAGGCCCAAGAAGCCCCAUGAGAAAGAUGGUGUGGAGUACCACUUUGUCACCAAGCAGCAAUUUGAUGCAGACGUUUCAAACAACAAGUUCAUAGAGCAUGGAGAAUAUAAGGAAAACCAGUACGGCACCAGUAUAGAGGCCAUUCGAACUGUACAGGCCAAGAACAAGAUGUGUAUAGUGGACGUUCAGCCUGAGGCCCUGAAGAGGCUGCGGACGGCAGAGUUCAAGCCCUACGUCAUAUUUGUCAAGCCUCGUGUCCCUGAGAGCAGACGUCGCCGCAGUGCUGCCACCUCGCCAGGAGGGGGAGAGCAUGGCCGCGUCACGGACGAGGAGCUGCAGGAAAUGCGUCAGUCUGCCAUCCAGAUCGAUCAGCAGUACGGACACCUGGUGGACCGUGUCCUGAUCAAGGAGGACUCAGCCAGUGCCUGUGCAGAACUGAGAGGUAUCUUAGAAAGGCUCGAGCGCGAGUCAUUCUGGGUGCCUCUCAGCUGGAUGCGGACCUAAACCCUCCCCCCUGCAGCUUCCAGUGAAACAUCACAGCCCAUGCACCCAGAACUCUGUGCAGCGUAAGUGAGGCAGGGCUGGUCAGGCAGCCAUAAGCUGAGGCAUCAAAGGGAGAGGGGGUUGAUGCAAGAGGAAUACCUCAUCGUCCAGAGGGUUGCAGCAGACGGACAGCUCACUAGGCCAAAUGUCAGUUUAUCACCCAAUAGUCAGUUUUACCGUCACUUUCCUCUAACGGCUGUUUGUUCCUUCUGUAAUAUUAAUUCGGGUUUUAUUUAUUUAUCGUCUUCUAAGACUAGACAAAGAGGGGGCGUUUGUGUGGAAGCCUUUUAUUCCAGCUGCUGUCCCUCUCAGGAGUCAGUCAGCGUUAUCGUGACUCCUGUUGGAGUAGCUCGUAGCACAUUUUUUACUUUCACUGUUGAAUUCACCUCAAUGCAAUCAUACAAUGCUUCCUGACACUCUUACUGCUCAUGCAUCCUGUAUAAUAUAAGAAGCAAUCAUACAUACAACAGGAAUAACUAAGUAAUGAACGUAAGGGAAUGCUGUUGUUUACCUUCAACCUUAAAAAAAGAGUUUACACACCUGAACGGAGGCAAUUUUUCGGGGCAAUUGCAUGAGAAUUAAUUAUUUAAAUUUACAUGUAAAUAUUGUAAAUGUUACUCCUUCGUGUGCCAACGAAAGAUCUCGUAGCACUUCAAUGCAACCAGUUUAUCGUCCGUCCCACGUGAACCCUGCUUGUGUAUAAUAUUAAGAUAUGCGUGGAUGUCCACAUGCAAAAGAAUGGGAUUAAUAUGUGGAGUGUUUUAAAGGUUGACACAUUUCUUGUGUAAAAGACUAAACCCUGGUCACAGUGACUUGGUCAAAGCAAGUCUGUAUAUGGCACUUUGGGUUUUUAGCAGACUGCAAAUAUGUUUCUUACUAUUUUUUUAAAUUUUAUAUAAGGAGUGAUAAAUUACUUAGGCACAAAAGUAUUUGGCCAAUUAAUAUAUAAUGAAAAUAACAAAUUAUAGCACCAUAAUAAUAAAUGAAGGCCUGACACAGGUUUACCUUAAUUCUCAGAUCUAAACCAACUGACUUUCACCAAAUCUAGUGACAGGGUUUUGGCUGUAAAUUUACUUUCUUAAUGGUUGUGAAGAUAAUGAAGUGUUUUUAAAGGGGGAAAAUCCUGUCAUUCUAUGUAAACAUGCACCAAUUAAUUAAUAUAAGACUUCAGGUGCCUGUGAUGUUUAAAUCAGGGGUUUGGCUCAGCUGAUUCCCCAUUACUUUUAUUGGAAUUGCUCGCAGGCAAAAGAAGAAAUUAUUCCAGCUAACAAUAUUUUGUCAGAAUGCACAAUAGGCUUUGUCAUAAGGACUCAUCCUCUGCAGGCGCUGACAGCUGAUUACACAGAGCGUGAUUAACAUAUGCAGACAGUACAUUUGAUUGCUCUGUUGAGCGGUAAAGUGUGACCUCCCACAUCCCGUGUGCCCUUUUUGUUUUUUUAAAGUGUUUUUUAUGUCAUGUCUGAACAAAGAGACCCAGGACGUUGAGUUUGUAAUGUGACAUGUACAAAGUGCCAUAAUAAAGCUAGCUCAAGCAACGGGCCAGUUCCA